AGAGAGAGAGAGAGAGAGAGUACGUCAUGCGUGCCGUUUGGGCGUCAGAGCCCCAACGUUUAUUAUUCCCAGAUCUCCACCUCCGUUCUCCUUCCGCUCCGCUCCCAAAAUUUCAAAUUCCCGCACGCUCCCCUCCCUCCCCGCCGAAACCCUAACCGCCGCCGCCAUGGGGGGCUCGCACAGCCGGGAGGACCUCGACCUCUCCGACUCCGAGGACGACGACUCCGUCUCCCACGCCUCCGACGCCUCCUCUGACUUCGCCACGCCGCCGCCGUCCUCCGCCAAGCCCAGCGCCGCGGCGGCGACGCCGGCCUCCAUCGACGCGAUCGACCGCUACCUCCGCAGCCUCCACCUCAAGUACGCCGAGCCCAUCUCCCCCGGCCCUAGCCCCGGCACUGCUGCCCCCGCCGCGCUCAACGCCGUCAAGCUCUACCUCCACAUCGGCGGCUCCUCCCCUUCCGCGCGGUGGAUCAUCUCCGACCGCCUCGCCGCCGCCUCCCUCGCCCGCGCGGGGGACGGCGACGGCGAUGCCGACGACGACGCGCCGCCCACCUGCCCGUGGUACCUCGUGGUGGGCUCGAAGAUCCGGGCCAGGGUCGGGCCGGAGCUGCAGCUCAAGACAUUCCCGGAGCAGCGCCGGGUUGAUUUCGUCGCCGACGGCGUCUGGGCGAUCAAGUUCCUCCACGCCGACGGCUACCCAAACUUCUAUGCCAAGUACCAGAGCUGCCUCUUCGAGAACAGCUACGGCGUUGCGGCCACCGACGAGGGCCGCGCCAAGGUGUUCGGGAAGGAUUUCGCGGCGUGGGCGCGCCCGGAGGACGGGGACGAGUCCAUCUGGGAGGACGCCACCGAUGGAUUUGCACCAAGCCCAAGCCGCAGCCCGAUGCCGUCGCGCAGCCCAUUGCUGAAACCGCUCAUGGAGGAUUUGAGGGAGUAUGAGGAGCCAGUGGAGGAAGGCGGGGGAAUACAGAGCCUUGCGCUUGGCGCACUCGAUAACAGCUUCUUAGUCAGCGAUUCGGGCAUCCAGGUGGUGAGGAAUUUCGAGCAUGGUAUACAUGGCAAGGGGAUGUCAGUGAAGUUCUCUGGUGGGAGCACCAACUUUUCGACACCCAAGAAGGCGCUUCUUAUGCGCGCUGAGACAAACAUGCUUCUGAUGAGCCCCGCAACGGAUGGCAAGCCUCAUGCCAAGGGUGUCCAUCAGCUCGACAUUGAGACCGGGAAGGUGGUCUCUGAAUGGAAAUUUGGAAAAGACGGUGCUGAUAUUAACAUGAGGGAUAUCACAAAUGAUUCCAAAGGGGCGCAAAUGGACCCAUCAGAGUCUACCUUCUUGGGGCUUGAUGACAACAGGUUGUGUCGCUGGGAUAUGCGGGAUCGUCAUGGGAUUGUUCAGAACUUGGCCAGUGCAGCGGAGUCGCCGGUAUUGCAAUGGACUCAGGGACAUCAGUUCUCUAGGGGCACAAACUUUCAGUGCUUUGCGUCAACAGGAGAUGGGUCAAUUGUGGUUGGUUCACUGGAUGGGAAAAUCCGCCUGUACUCGAAGAGUUCUAUGAGAAUGGCAAAGACAGCCUUCCCAGGGCUGGGUUCGCCAAUUACUCAUGUGGAUGUGACGUAUGAUGGAAAGUGGAUACUAGGGACAACAGAUACAUAUUUGAUUCUUAUAUGCACCAUUUUCAUUGAUAAGGACGGAAAGGAGAAGACUGGCUUUGGCGGGAGGAUGGGCAACAGAAUUGCAGCGCCCAGGUUGCUCAAGUUAAACCCACUCGAUGCUCAUCUUGCUGGAGCAAAUAAUAAGUUCCGUGAAGGAAGGUUCUCAUGGGUGACGGAGAACGGGAAGCAGGAGAGGCAUCUGGUGGCGACGGUGGGGAAGUACAGCGUGGUGUGGAACUUCCUCCAGGUGAAGAACAGCCACCAUGAGUGCUACCAGUGGCAGGAGGGGCUCAAGAGCUGCUACUGCUACAAGGUGAUCCCCAAGGACGAGUCCAUCGUCGCCAGCCGCUUCAUGCACGAGAAGUACGCCGUCAGCGACACGCCGGAGGCGCCGCUGGUGGUCGCCACGCCCAUGAAGGUCACCUCCUUCAGCAUCUCCAGCAAGCGCUAGCUCCCCGCUGCGCUGGCGCCUUGUCUUGUCUUCCAGUGUUGUAACACUUGCUAUUACAGAUGAAUUGUUCCCUUGUUGACUUCGACUUCUCUUUUCGCCCUUUUCAACUAGUACGGUGAUGAUAAUCUGAAUUCAUCAUCAGCAUGGAUUUGUUUUUCUUUUUUUUUAAGUACGAUGAUUAUCAUCAUCGCAUGGGUUGUGGUAAGAUUAUAUGUACUCCGUAUAAUGUAUUGACGAAAGAUCAUGAGACGCUCAUUACAUUUUCGCUUUUUAUGCCCUCUCUGCACACGUGAAUGUGUGAUGGUCAA